AUGGGCAGAUUCACAGGGAAACCGGCUGCCCUGAAGGACAGCAUUUCGCCGCCUGUCAACUUGAGUCCCUGUCCAGCUCCGAGGACUGUCACACAGGAUGCAGGAGGACUAGGGGCCAUGAAGCCAUGCGCCAUGAAGACCCUGGUGGCCUUGCUGUCGCUCUUUCUCCUGGAGCUGCAGGUCCCACUCCGGGCCGGGAGGGCCAACACCGGGAGCCAGAAAGAGAGUGACUGGGCCAGACAGUUCCCCCAAUGUGGUGGGAAGAAGCAGUCGCCCAUCAACAUCCGUAGCAACAAGGUGAAGUUCAAUCCGAACCUGAAGCCCCUGGUCCUGAACGGCUACGAGACCCAUCAGGGCCCAUUCAUCGUGACCAAUAUGAACCACAAAUUGCACAUCUUGCUGCCCCAGACCAUGCGCGUGAAUAUCUCCAAUGGCCAAGAAUACGCGGCCUGGCAGAUGCAUUUCUACUGGGGCAACUAUUCCUCAGAGAUCAGCGGCUCCGAGCACACAGUGGACGGCAAGAGGCAUGUGGGUGAGGUACAGGUGAUUCACUACAACACAAACUACAAUAAUUUCCAGGAGGCCCAAAAUACCCCCGACGGGCUGUUGAUGCUGGCUGCGCUCUUUGAGGUCAAGGAAUACAGUGAAAACACGUAUUACAGUGACUUUAUCAAUCAUCUGAAGUACAUCAAGUACCCAGGACAAAGCACCAUUCUGAACAGCAUUGAUGUCAGGGACAUGCUGCCCCCGGACGUUCGGCACUACUAUACCUACCAGGGCUCGCUCACCACCCCUCCCUGCACCGAGAACGUGCUCUGGUUCCUGCUCAAAGACCCCAUCAUUAUCUCCAGAGCCCAGAUCGUGAAGCUGGAGAAUUCCUUGCUGGAUUCUCAAAACCAGACCCUGCACAAUGCUUACCGCAUGACCCAACCUCUGAACGGAAGGACUGUGGAAACCAACUUCAUUCCCUUGGGCGAUCCCUCAAAGGCGCUGUCCCCACCCCCCCACCUCCGGGUGCUGAGUCCCGUUUGCAGCGCCAUGAAGACCCUGGUGGCCUUGCUGUCGCUCUUUCUCCUGGAGCUGCAGGUCCCACUCCAAGCCGGGAGGGCCAACACGGGGAGCCAGAAAGAGAAUGACUGGGCCAAAGAGUUCCCCCAGUGUGGUGGGAAGAAGCAGUCGCCCAUCAACAUCCGUAGCAACAAGGUGAAGUUCAACCCGAAACUGAAGCACCUGGUCCUGAAUGGCUACGAGACCCAUAAGGGCCCAUUCAUCGUGACCAAUAUGAACCGCAAAUGUGCCUAG